GUGACAUUCACUUCAAUGGCGGCGCUCGCAAGGAUCGGUGGCCGGUACCUGAAAUCCGUCGGCGUAAUUAACACUACCGCCUCAUCAUGUUAUCUUACUCAACGUCGUGGAGUUGCCACUAAGCUCUUUGUUGGCGGAUUAUCGUUUUACACUACCGAGCAAGGAUUGUUAGAGGCAUUUUCCCAAUGUGGCCAAGUUGUGGAAGCUCAAAUAGUAAUGGAUAGAGUCUCUGAUAGAUCCAAAGGUUUCGGUUUUGUGACAUUUGCUUCUGAUGACGAUGCUCGCAAGGCUUUGAUGGAGUUUAAUGGACAGCAAUUAAACGGUCGUGUAAUAUUUGUGGACUACGCUAAGGCGAAGCAAACUUUUGGUGGCGGUGGUGGUGGCGUACCAGUAGCUAGAGGACCGCCUAAGCCAGGCGAAGUAGCUGCUACAACAACACAUGAAACAUUGAACAUGGACUAAACGAAUCAAAAAUUAGCAAAAACGAUGGAUUAUACUGCAUCUGCUAUUCUCUCUCUUGGUAUGAAAACAUUUUUGUGAAGCUUCAGCGCAUUUGCCUAUGUUUCAUUAUGAUCUCUGUUGUUAAAGCAGAAGUAGUUACCUCAACUCUUCCAUGACUCCUACUUAUAUGAUGGAGUUUACUCUUAGAUGUGUAUAUAUCGCUUUUCUAUUCCAGAUUGUGAUUACUAAAGUUUCGAGACUGAUACAAACAAUUUAUUUGUUUUUGUUUAUUAAGUUCAAAGAAAAAAAAUCGUUAGA